UUCGCCGGGGUCAAAUUUCUUGGUCGAAUCAGAGCAGCCUCUUCGGGAAACUAUCUAGACGCAAGUGGAGCUCAGAAACAUCGCCGAGAUUUUCGUUCUCAGGAAUUAUAAACUUUUUCACGGCCUCGGCUGAAGUCGCUUCCAGAAUGACGACGAUGUAAACGUCUGUGGCGGCGCUUUGUUCGACUUCUUCAUGAAUCCGAGGGAAUAAAUGUUGAAUGAGUCCCGUUGGCUGCAGAUCCCCGAGCACUGACCGUUUUGGGGCCGCAGCAGCAGAGAGAGACCCACGGUAACGGUGUAAUUUCCUCUCCCGCUCAACAUGAACCUCAUCGGGGGUUACCAGCAUCACCACCACCUGAUGCACGAACCGUUCCCGUUCGUCCAGCGGUGCCAUCAGGACGCGCCGUACUUCCAGAGCUGGGUGGUAAAUCACGGCGAGGUGCCCCCGGACUUCCAGAUCCAGGCACCCUACCCGGCCGCGGAGCUCGGGGCUCCCGGAGCGACGCACGACGCGCGGCUGGAGGGGCUCCAGGCGGGCAUGGGGAAGAGGAGAGCGUCGGGGCCGAAGAAGGAGCGUCGGAGGACGGAGAGCAUCAACACAGCCUUCGCCGAGCUGCGGGAGUGCAUCCCCAACGUCCCGGCGGACACGAAACUGUCAAAAAUCAAAACUUUACGCCUGGCGACCAGUUACAUCGCCUACCUGAUGGACGUCCUGGCCAAAGACUCCGGGGAGACGGAGGGCUUUAAGGCCGAGAUUAAGAAAUUUGAAACCCGGGAUCUGAAAAGGAAACGAGAGCUGACCGACGGCCUGCAGGACUCUUUAGGAGCCGAGAAGAAGGUGAAGGGCCGCACCGGUUGGCCGCAGCAGGUCUGGGCCCUGGAGCUCAACCAGUGACCCUUCCUCCCUCCAUCCCUCCCUCCAUCCACCCCUUCAUCCAUCCAUCCAUCCCUCAUUCAUCACCCAAACCUCUUCACAGACUGGAUUCAAAUCAGAUUAAAAAAACCACUGACUGACUGACUGAACCUGAACGCACCGCUGUGCACACACAUUGAUGCGCAAAAUGGAGAGAAUUAAAGGACGACGCGCAAACGAGGUGAACGGCGGAGGCCUCUUUUUUAAUUUUAUUUCUGUUUUUACUGAUCUGAUGUUCUCCUGGUGUGACGUGGACACACACAUGUGACUGUAGGUGUUUGCUGUUUGUGGUAUUUCUGCUUUUUGAUGUCUCCACCUCCGGUACUGUAUAAAACCACAUGUUGACACACGAAGAAGAAAAGUCUCCCCUCAAAGAACAAGUGUGCAGAUGUGUUGUUGUUGUUGUUGUUGUGUUAAUGUUUCUGAUCAGAAAAUAAACAGAUGGUAAGACGAUCGAUGUAGAGAAGGUCUCAAAGAAAUUUACUGCAAAGGUGCAAAAAUAAAAUUAGCAUUAAGUUCAAAUUUAUAGUCCGCAAAACUCGUUCCAUGGCGCGUAAUUGUGCCAAAUGUACAUUUAACAUUCAACAUAAAUUGUUUUAAGACUUUACUACUUCGUCUGAUCGACCUUUAUCAAACCAGAGCGCAGGUUUCAGGCUCAGUUAUUUAAUUAACUUUCAUACAGAAGCGUUUUUACACAAUCCACAUUUAACAACCAAAUUUUGCCGCGUGUUGGCUGCGCGCAGUACAUUUUAUCCACCGCCAAAAUAUUUGGUUGUUAGAUUUGAAAAUGUUUAUUUUUUUAAAAUUAUCUGG